CUCAGUACGCAAAAGACACUUCGUGGAUACACAUCGCCAGAGAUAGUCGUGGGGCACGAUACAAGUGCGCGCUAAACGGGCCGUUCGCCAGAACACAGACCCCAAACAUCAGCUGCCAGAAAUAUUGCUAAAAAAAAAACCUAAAGAAGAAGUGGAAAACGAAAUUCGGUUUACUCCAAAAGAAUAUAAGUGAAACAAAGUAACAGAAAUACCAAAUCAGCGAAUUCGAAUUCCGUGUACUGCCUUCAUUAGUCGUGACGUGUGUGACAGUUGGAGCCGUUGAACUUUUGGCAUAUAUGCAAAAGAAAGAUCGACCACGAUAAAUUCGAAAUAAAUAAUAUACAGAUACAUUUGUAUACUAAUUAGGGCUGUCGCGAAACAGAACUUUGAUUCUCAAAAAUAACAAAUUAUUUGUUUGUGCCUUCACGAAAAUUGUGUAUACGCACCUGUUUUCCGUUUUGUUUCGUUCUGUUCGUAAACAAAAUUUCUUUUCUUGCUUCAGUAAUGUGUGUAGAAAAAAAAAUUAGGUAGAUAAAACAAACAAAUAAUUUCAACGUAUUGAAAGCUGCACUUCAGAGAAAACAAAUGUGAACCAAAUGCGUAGACAUUUAUUUUUUGGAUAACAAUACACGAACCCACACACACACAGAAACACACAGACAACAGACACAAAUACACACACAGACACACACACGUACAUGCACAGACGGAACCUACUGUGAUACCCUAUACAUGAACUGAGGCCAUCCGGCAUAUAGGAAAAGAACGCAGCUACAUACCCCUCAGAGUACAAAACAUCAAAUACAUCCAAUAGGAGAGCAAAUCAGCAAAACUCAGAAUGGACUUCGAUCAAAUUCUUGCCAAAUGCGGCGACUUCAAUCGCUAUCAGUUUAUGAUACUCGCACUCUUUGGCUUUAUCAAUAUCAUCGUAUCGAUGCAUUAUUUCACACAAACUGUGAUUAGUUUCGUGCCGGAUCAUUGGUGCUAUCAUGAGAAGCUCGUUAACAUGACAUAUAAGGAGAUCGCCGACAUCUAUGCCAAAUUCGAGAAUCCCUCAUGCACACGCCUCGCCGACAUCAAUGGCAGCGUGGUCACAGUCAGCACGGAGAAAUGCGAAAAGUGGAUAUAUAAUUAUGACUUUGGCUAUAGAAGCAUGAACACCGAGCUGAACUGGGUCUGUGACUCAGCGUAUAAGGCGCGCAUUGGACAGUCGCUGUUCUUCAUUGGGUCUGUUGUCGGUACGCUGUUCUAUGGUCUGUUGUCUGAUAAAAUUGGACGUGUGCCAGCCCUGAUAUUGUCGAACUUCUGCGGCUUUGCUGGCGAUUUCUCUACCAUCUUUACCAAGAGCGUGGCCACAUUUACGCUCUGCCGUUUCAUAUCGGGUCUGGCGGCCGAUACCAACUUUUAUCUCAUGUAUAUUAUAGUGCUCGAAUAUAUACGGCCCAGCAUGCGCACAUUGGGUCUGAAUAUGGCGGUGGGUCUAUUCUAUUGCCUGGGCCUGGUGUUCACGCCCUGGCUGGCCGUUCUGGCCGGCCACUGGCAGAUCUACUUGGCCUGCACAUCGCUGCCCAUUCUGCUGGUGGUUCUGUACUAUUUCGUGGUGCAGGAGAGCGCCCAGUGGCUGGUGACGCGCAACGACAUCGAUGGGGCGAUAAUGCGGCUCAAGCGCGUCGCCAGAUUCAAUGGUCGCCAUGUGUCGCAGGCGGAAUUCGAUGAGUUCAGGCGCCAUUGCCAAAUGACCCGCGAGAUGCAGGGCGGCGAUGAUAAGAAGCAUGCGACGCUGUUGGACAUGUUUAAGACGCCACGCAUGCGCAAGAACACGCUGAUUCUGUUCUUCAAAUCAAUGGUCAUCACACUGUGCUACGACGCCGUGUCGCGUAAUGUGGAAGGCAUGGGCAUCUCGCCGUUCAUCAUGUUCUCGCUAAGCGCCCUGGCGGUGCUACCCUCAAGUAUUCUGCUGGUGCUGCUCCAGGAUCGCAUUGGACGCAAAGGCAUGGCAUCGGGCUCGCUGCUGGUUGGUGGCCUGUUCACGGCUGCCGCUGGCAUUGCCAUCGCCUAUCAGCAGCACAAUCACAAUGCCAUUUUGUUGGCCUGCCUGACGAUUGCAGCGCGAUUCGGCGUGGCCAUCUCGUAUGAGUCGGGAUCGCAGUAUGCGACAGAACUGAUACCCACUUGUGUGCGCGGCCAGGGCGUGGCUGCGGUGCAUGUGGCCGGCUUUGCGGCAUCCUUCUUGGCGCCCUACAUCCUAUGGCUGGGCACGUUCUUCAAGGCCGCUCCUUCAAUCAUAUUGGGUGUGCUCUUCUUUGCCGGCUCCUUUGUAUGCCUGCUUCUGCCAGAGACCCUCAACCGGAGUCUUCCCACCACCAUCGAGGAGGGUGAGGUGUUCGGCAAGGGCGAACGCAUGUUCGACUUCCCCUGCCUGCACCAUAACGACGACGAUGACUCCGACUCUGAGAUGGAAAAGUACAAACGCAAGCAUUCGCUCAUUGAUGCCAAGCAGCAGGUGGAGUCUGGGCAAUACAGCAAGCGCAAACAGUCGCUGAUCGAUGCCGAUCGCGAGGAGCAGUCCCUCAAGGAUGCAAAGCAUUGAGCCAAUCUCUAACGCCUCUGACUAGCUUGUAGUUUAGCUAAACAAUUUUCUAUGGACCCCUUACCAAGCACUACUUAACACUUUCAAUCAAGCAACUACAAUAACAAUAGCCCUAAGUAGACAGCUGAACAAUACUGAAUUUCAAUAAUUAAUUCAUUUUCGACUUAAUAAUGCAGCAGCUAUUAUUUAAAACAUAAAUCUAAAGCACUGCUAGCUGUGUGAAUACCUCAUAAAUAACUAUUCAAAGAUUACUUAAAAUUUACAAACUUUAUGCUCAAGUAUCUAUAGAACGUUUUCGAUAAAUAUUUCUUGCUAAAGCACACACACACAUCUAUACACGAAUAUAUACAUAUAUCUAUAUACAUAAAUAUAUCUAUCUAUACAAUUGAGUGUAUAUUAUUAAUAUAAAGUAUAUAUACGUCUUAAAUUGUAGGCCUAUAUACUUAUAUAGACUGUAAGCAACCAUAUUCUUUAGUAACUCAUAACUUAAAUCAAAAUUAAGCUAUUGAGAAUAUUUUCCAAAAGUAUGUAAGUUAUCGAAGCCUAAAUGGGAAUCAAAAUCGCAAAGUUAACAUAUAAGCGGCACAAUUUCACUUAACUGAAUGAAUUGAAUACUUAUUAUUAUAAACAUUUACAUCAAUGUAAUAUGUAUUAGCUAAACAUAAGUGUAUUACUGUAAUAUUUAAGCAGAGUUUAUUUUGAUUCAAUGCAAAUAUGAUAAUAACUACAAUUUUAGAAACAAUUUAAACAAAUAAAAAAAAGCGACAUGUAUACAAAUCGAAA